GCCAUCUCCAGGGGCUGAAGCACCAUUAGUAUCGUUAUCGCGAUGGGCAACGCGCGGCGUUUCGCGAUGAUACCUGGACCCAAGCCCUUGCCUAUUGUAGGCAACACUUGGCGCUUUGCCAUCGGUCAAAAGCCUUGGCGGACAAAGUCGUUGGACGCUACGUUGUGGAGACUGCGCGAGUUGGCCGGUGUAGGUGGAGUCGCUAAAGUGGCGAAGUUAUUUGGACAUCCCGACUUGGUAUUUCCGUUUAGUGCCGAUGAGACCGAGAAAAUAUAUCGGCGCGAAGACUCCUUGCCACAUAGAGCGGUAGCGCCCUGUCUCAGGCACUAUAAACAGGAAUUGAGAAAGGAAUUUUUCGGUGAAGAGCCAGGUUUAAUUGGCGUUCAUGGAAUGCCUUGGUCAAAGUUUCGCUCCAAAGUGUCAAAGGCGCUUGCGUCACCGGAGGCAGCAAGAUCUUCUGUUCCGUGCUUAGAUUAUGUUGCAGAAGACUUUGUAAAAAAGAUGGAUAGAAUGUUAGGAGAAAAUCAAGAACUACCAAAAGAUUAUCUCACGGAACUCUACAAAUGGGCGCUUGAAUCCGUUGGAGCUUGGGCGCUGGGAACAAGGCUGGGCUGUUUAAACAAUGAUGAUGAGGCCGCGAGGGAAAUAAUAAACAGCAUCCAUGGUUUCUUCCACAGCGUGCCCGAAUUAGAACUCUCGGCUCCCUUAUGGAGGCUCUACUCUACCCCAGCCUACAAAACCUACGUCCACGCGUUAGAUUCCUUCAGAGAACUUUGUUUAAAGAGACUGACUGAUAAAGGGAUAUGCGCUAACAUUGCUAAAUCGUCCGGCGAAAAAGUCGCGACCAUAUUGGCCUUGGAUUUACUUUUAGUAGGAGUCGAUACGACUGCGGCGGCCGCGGCAAGCACUAUCUACUUGCUGGCUAAGAACGAGAGGGUACAAAUGAGACUGCAGACUGAAUUGGAUAACAACCUUCCAGUUGGGCGUGUCAUGCACAGCAAGGAUUUAGACCAGAUGCCAUAUCUACGAGCAUGUCUGAAAGAAGCUUUAAGAAUAAAACCAGUAAUAUUGGGUAACGGGAGAUGCAUUCAAUCGGAUGCUGUUAUAUCAGGAUAUGAAGUUCCUAAAGGAUCGCACGUCGUGUUCCCGCAUUACAUAAUGUCGAACGAUGAAAGAUACUUUCCUUCGCCCCAAGAAUUCAUACCAGAGAGGUGGUUAAGGGGUCAAUCGAUUGACACGACAGAUUCCAAAGCAACGACCGUGUGUAAGAGGCAAAAGGAAAAAGGUAUUCAUCCGUUCGCCUCGCUGCCUUUUGGCUUCGGACGAAGAAUGUGUAUUGGAAAAAGAUUCGCCGAAGCCGAGUUACAUAUAUUGUUAGCCAAGAUAUUCCACAAAUACCAAGUUUCAUGGCGACACAGUGAGCUGACGUACAGCGUUACCCCCACCUACAUUCCUAACGAACCACUCCAGUUCACGUUGAAGCAAAGGCACAAAGGUUAAAUCCACCGUUUAAUUAAAUCGUUGUCAGACUGAUACUAAAAUGGAAGAUGAACCUGAAAAAUUCCCUAAAAAGGAUUGCGACAACAACAUUUUGCAAUUUGUACAGGUGUAGCUUUAAUGUAUAGUUUGUAUUAAACUUUAUGUAUAAUAGAUAUAAUGUUUUAAAAAGUUAAGUAAGAUUAAUGAAACGUAU